AUGGAGAGGGUCAGGACGAUUCUAACCCAUACUUACCCUUACCCGCAUGAGCAUUCACGCCAUGCUAUCAUUGCUGUGUUUUUUGGUUGCCUAUUCUUUAUUUCAUCGGAUAAUAUGCACACCCUCAUUGAAAAGUUCUCAGUCAAGUGGUGGUCCAUGUAUGCAUGCUUGCUCGGGUUUUUCUACUUCUUUUCUUCUCCAUUUAUUGGGAAGACUAUCAGACCGAAUUAUUCAAACUUCAGUCGAUGGUACAUUGCCUGGAUUUUAGUUGCAGCUUUGUAUCAUCUUCCUAAUUUUCAGUCAAUGGGUUUGGAUUUGAGGAUGAAUUUGUCCUUGUUUCUGACAAUUUACAUAUCAUCCAUAUUCUUCCUUGUUGUCUUCCACAUCAUUUUUCUUUGCCUUUGGUAUGUUGGUCUUGUUUCUCGCGUGGCUGGUAGACGCCCAGAGAUCUUAACCAUUCUUCAAAACUGCGCCGUUCUUAGCAUGGCUUGCUGUAUCUUCUACAGCCAUUGUGGUAAUCGAGCUAUUCUGAGGCAAAAACCUCUUGGAAGACAGCAUUCUAGUUGGUUUUCGUUCUGGAAAAGAGAACAUAGGCACAAUACCUGGCUUGCAAAAUUCAUUCGUAUGAGUGAGCUGAAAGAUCAAGUGUGCUCGUCGUGGUUUGCUCCAGUUGGUUCUGCUAGUGAUUAUCCACUUUUAUCCAAAUGGUUUAUUUACGGAGAGAUUGCGUGCAAUGGAUCGUGUCCUGAUUCAUCUAACGAAAUUUCUCCCAUAUACUCGUUAACAUCGGCUGAUUUGUUUAAAACUGUGUUUGACCUCCUCGUAUCAGUGACGGUAUUUGUUGGCCGCUUUGACAUGCGGAUGCUGCAGGCUGCAAUGACCAAAUCUUGUGAUGGAACCAAGAAGGAAGAACUUUUAUAUGAUCACCUUGCUCAUAAGGACAAAUUUUGGUUUGAUUUCAUGGCGGAUACUGGUGAUGGUGGGAAUUCAUCAUAUGCUGUUGCGAAACUUCUUGCUCAGCCUACUAUCGAAGUCUUGGUGGAUGGUAAAGCUCGACCUUUACCACGGGGGAAUGUACUGCUUAUUGGAGGAGAUCUUGCAUACCCCAAUCCAUCAUCGUUUACAUAUGAGAAACGUCUCUUUUGUCCUUUUGAGUAUGCACUCCAGCCUCCACCUUGGUAUAAAAAUGACUCUAUCGCUGUUGACAAGCCUGAAUUACCCGAGGGAGUGAAAGAUUUAAAGGAUUAUGAUGGUCCUCAAUGUUUUCUCAUCCCCGGAAACCAUGACUGGUUCGACGGACUCAAUACUUUCAUGAGGUAUAUAUGUCAUAAGAGUUGGUUAGGCGGCUGGUUUAUGCCCCAGAAGAAAAGCUAUUUUGCCCUGCAGCUACCUCAGAGAUGGUGGGUGUUUGGUUUGGAUCUUGCACUUCAUGGUGAUAUUGAUGUCGACCAGUUCAAGUUCUUUUCCGAAUUGGUGAAGGAGAAGGUUGAAGAGGAUGAUGCAGUGAUCAUUAUCACGCAUGAACCAAACUGGCUUCUUGAUUGGUACUGGAGCUGCGAUACAGGGAAGAACGUGAGGCAUCUGAUAUGCGACGUUCUGAAAGACAGGUGUAAACUUAGAAUGGCAGGGGAUUUGCAUCAUUAUAUGCGACAUUCAUGUACUCAAUCAGAUGGACCUACCCAUGUCCAACAUCUUCUUGUUAAUGGCUGUGGAGGAGCUUUUCUGCAUCCCACCCAUGUGUUCAGCAAAUUUUCAAAGUUCUAUGGGGCUUCCUAUGGAAGCAAGGCUGCCUACCCAUCUUUUGAUGAUUCAAGCAAGAUUGCUUUGGGAAAUAUAUUGAAGUUCCGGAAGAAGAACUGGCAAUUUGAUUUCAUUGGUGGCAUUAUAUACUUUAUCUUGGUCUUUUCAUUGUUCCCUCAGUGUAAGCUAGCCCAUAUCUUACGAGGCGAUUCGUUUUCUGGUCACCUGGAGAGUUUCUUAGGCACAGUUUGGAGCGCCUUUGUAUAUGUGAUGGAACAAUCUUAUGUGUCUUUUACGGGUGUCCUGAUGUUACUGAUCAGUGCAAUCAUAUUUGUCCCUUCAAAAAUAUCUCGGAAGAAAAGAGUGCUAAUAGGAGUUCUUCAUGUUGCUGCUCACCUGAUGGCAGCUCUGAUUCUCAUGUUGAUGUUGGAGCUGGGCAUAGAAAUCUGUAUUCAGCAUAAUCUCCUUGCAAAUUCUGGGUAUCAUUCAUUGUAUCAGUGGUACAAAUCAGUGGAAAGCGAGCAUUUCCCUGACCCUACUGGCCUUCGAGCCCGUAUCGAACAAUGGACGUUUGGCCUUUAUCCUGCAUGCAUCAAGUAUCUUAUGUCAGCAUUUGAUGUUCCCGAGGUGAUGGCUGUUACCCGGACAAACAUUUGCAAAGAAGGGAUGGAGUCGCUGUCCCGAAGCGGAGCUGUUAUUUAUUAUGCUUCUGUCUUCCUUUACUUCUGGGUCUUCUCGACUCCUGUGGUGUCUUUGGUGUUUGGAAGCUACUUGUAUAUCUGCAUCAACUGGCUCCACAUUCACUUUGAUGAAGCUUUCUCUUCACUCCGCAUUGCCAAUUACAAAUCUUUCACCCGUUUCCACAUCAAAGAGAACAAAGACAUCGAAGUAUUCACUCUCGCGGUUGAUAAGGUGCCAAAAGACUGGAAGCUGGACAAAGAUUGGGAUUCAGAGCCGAAACAGAGUGGGGUGAUGAGCCAUAAGAGAAAGUAUCCAAGUAAAUGGUGUGCAUCAACAUCGCAACAAGACCCUGUUGCUACCGUAAAAGUAGUGGAUUAUUUCGUUAUUCAUAGAUCACAGAAACAAAACGGAGAAUCUUCACAGAAACAAAACGGAGAGUGUUAG